GCUGUAAUGGUGGACGACUGAGGCAGAGGAACGGAAUUCAACUAGAGUGAAGAAAUAGAGGAAAAACGGUCGAAAGUCUGCUUCAGAGCCAGCCGCCGCGAGUAGGACACGGGCUUCGUCGAAAAUGGAUGAACUCAAACAUCAAGUCAUGAUUAACCAGUUCGUCCUGACGGCGGGUUGUGCGGCAGACCAGGCGAAGCAGCUUUUGCAGGCGGCACAUUGGCAGUUCGAGACUGCCCUCAGUGCCUUUUUUCAAGAAACAAAUAUUCCAUAUGGCCAUCAUCAUCAAAUGAUGUGCACCCCAGCCAACACACCAGCGACGCCCCCCAACUUCCCGGACGCGUUGACCAUGUUCUCACGGCUGAAGGCGUCCGAGAGCUUCAACAGCGGCAGCGGUGGCAGCCCCAUGGCCGCCUCCAUGGCCACCUCACCCCCGCCCCCCCAGGUCGGCGGCUGGGGGGUCUCACCAAACGUACCUAAUGUGCCGCAACCUCCACAGGGACUCUGGACUCAGGGGCAGCCCCCCACGCAGCCCUGCCCCGCCUGGCCCACGGGCGUAAACCCGCACGCAGGCGCUGAGCAGAAGGCUAGUGUAGCGAUGGAGGCUGAGAGAUGAAGGGCCGCACGGGACUGAAAAGCCCCCCUUCCACCCCGGGGAGGGAAGGAAAUAGGGUAUGAAA